CAGCUCCGCCCGCCUCGCUCGCGGCUCCGCAGCUGCUUCCCUCCUCGCCUCCCGCACUCCUCUCCGGCCGGGCCGAGCGCGCUCCCCGCCGCGGCGCAGGGAUGAAGGUGCUGGGACACAGGAUCGAACUGCUGACAGGGCUCCUGCUCCACGACGUGACCAUGGCCGGGCUGCAGGAGCUGCGAUUCCCGGAGGAGAAGCCGCUGCUCCGGGGCCAGGACGCCGCCGAGCUGGAGAACUCCGACACCUUCCUCUUGGCUACGGACACAGACUGGAAGGAACAUGACAUCGAGACACCGUACGGCCUGCUGCAUGUGGUGAUCCGGGGGUCCCCCAAAGGGAACCGCCCAGCUAUCCUCACCUACCAUGACGUGGGCCUCAAUCACAAGCUGUGCUUCAAUACCUUCUUCAACUUCGAGGACAUGCAGGAGAUCACCAAGCACUUUGUGGUGUGCCACGUGGAUGCCCCUGGUCAGCAGGUGGGGGCGUCACAGUUUCCCCAGGGGUACCAGUUCCCCUCCAUGGAGCAGCUGGCCGCCAUGCUCCCCAGUGUGGUGCAGCACUUUGGGUUCAAGUACGUGAUUGGCAUCGGAGUGGGAGCUGGGGCCUAUGUGCUGGCCAAGUUUGCGCUCAUCUUUCCCGACCUGGUGGAGGGGCUGGUGCUGAUGAACAUUGACCCCAAUGGCAAAGGCUGGAUUGACUGGGCGGCCACCAAGCUCUCUGGCCUGACCAGCACUUUACCUGAUACGGUGCUAACCCACCUCUUCAGCCAGGAGGAGCUGGUGAGCAACACAGAGCUGGUGCAGAGCUACCGGCAGCAGAUUGGGAACGUGGUGAACCAGGCCAACCUGCAGCUCUUCUGGAACAUGUACAACAGCCGCAGAGACCUGGACAUUAACAGGCCUGGAACAGUGCCCAAUGCCAAGACGCUCCGCUGCCCCGUGAUGCUGGUGGUGGGGGAUAAUGCACCUGCUGAGGAUGGGGUGGUGGAGUGCAACUCCAAACUGGACCCGACCACCACGACCUUCCUGAAGAUGGCAGAUUCCGGGGGGCUCCCCCAGGUCACACAGCCAGGGAAGCUGACUGAGGCCUUCAAAUACUUCCUGCAAGGCAUGGGCUACAGGCCCAGACGCUGUGCCACUCACCACAUGCUCCCCACUAUGACUGGAGACUCUCUAGGGCACCUCCACCUGAGUUUUGCAUACUUGAAGGACCGAAGGCUGAGUGGAGGAGCAGUGCCCUCGGCUAGCAUGACCCGCCUCGCCCGUUCCCGGACCGCGUCACUCACCAGUGCCAGUUCAGUGGAUGGCAGCCGCCCGCAGGCCUGCACCCACUCAGAAAGCAGCGAGGGCCUGGGCCAGGUCAAUCACACCAUGGAGGUGUCCUGUUGAAGCCCCUGGCCCAGCAGAGGCACGCAGCUGCCCCCCCACUCCCUCAUCCCCUGCAUCAAUGUCCCAUUGCCAUCCUUGCACCAGCUCAUUUCCCUUUUAGUUUAUUUUUGUGAAGGCCAAGGGGAGGAAAUGGGUUUACUUCUUUUUUUGUUAAAAAGAUGAGGGGAUUCAUCCUAGAUGCUGCAGAACAAUGUCCAGAUAGUUUGAGAGGCUCCUCCCCCCACCCCAGCUCACCUUGUUAACUUGGCUGACUUAGAUUCCCUCUUCCAACUCCCCACAGUCAGGGCAGGGUAGAGGGAGGAAGGGGAUUUGCUAAGGAGAGAGCUGGAGUCCUUCUCUGGGCAGGAUCCAGGAUAUCCUAGGUGGAAGAAAGCAUGGGAUGACCCCCUUGGGUGGACAGGUUUGAAGAUGCGGUGGGGUUUUGAAGUGGUGUGCUGGGACAGCAGGAGCACAGGGUCCAGCUCAGGUACUGAGGUGACAACCAGGAGACAACACUGGGGAGCAGUGGGAGGCAGGCACCCUGCAGUUCUGCAGGCCCCUUUCUCUCCAUCUCCCCACCAAGCACAUCUGUUUGUCUUUUUGCACAUAUGACAAUCAUCUGAACCAUAGCCACAAGGGGGUGCUCCUACCAGGCAGCAGUUUUCCUGGUGCUCUCUUGGCUGGCCUGGUGAUGUGGGCUAGGCAUGCAGGGACUAACAGUUUCUCUGCCCAAGGAAGACAGAACACAGAGGACCAUAAAGGCAGGAACCCCACAGACAGCCCAUACACUACACCACCUCCUGGCCUUGUCCGAUGUCUGUACUAAGGCCUUGAGGUAGAAAGUUGCCUGAUCCUCUGUUUCCAUUGGGACUGGAUUUGGGGGCUGAGCUUAAAUGCUGGGAGAGCCCAUCGGGGUUGGGCAGACCCAACCACUUCAUGGUGCCUGCCUUGGGGAAGCAGUAUGUGGCCAGAGGCCAUGGUGGCUGAUUCCCAAUUCCAUAGAGGACAACCUAAUCAACAGCAGCGUGUCCAAGGCCACCGGAAACAUGGCGGUGUUAGAGUUCUGGUCAAGCUAUGCCAAUAUUUUCUGUGGGUAUCACUAAGAAAGGAAGUUUACUUGGAAAGAACUGGUCUAAGGCAGACUUCUGCAGGCCCACAUCAUCGUCUCAGGACUGUCAGAGUGGCUUGGGCCUUGCUGGGUCCUGGGGUGGGAGGUGAAGGUUCCUAAAGUGAACAAGGGCCAGGCAGAGGAGAAAGGCUCUCCACACACCCUGGUCCCCUCCCCGUUCACGUGAAGCCUAGGACUGUGCCAUACACAUCCUACCCACCCACACAGGGAGAAUCUCCCAAUCUGAAAACUGGAGCUACUGGUCUCAGAGACUCAACUGCACAAAACGAAACGAGUAAAAGGGGAGAGAGAGCAAUGAAAACUGCAGGGCUGUGGAGGGGACAGUUGUGUGUGGGGUGCUCUGAGGCUGAGCGGACACCUGCAUCCACCUUUCCUUUGCACAUAUCACACCCUUCUAGAAUCUUAAGCCAUUACUAGACUGCUCUAGAGCCUGGUGGAGUGUUAGUCUGUGCCCAGUUCUAUUCAUUCACGUGCUUCCUUUGAAUAUCAAAUGUGACUGAAAAGCUGGUAGAAUUAAUCCCUCUUUACUGUAGAUAGCGCUGCAGACCUUGGAUUUUUUUUUCUGUGUUCUUUCAGAUAUAUCUAUAAAUAUCUAUACAUUAUAUAUAUAUAUAUAUAUGCGUGUGUGUAUGUGUGUGUGUGUAUGUAUAUUGGGUCUUCCUGCGUGUGGUUUUCCAUCAGAGGUGGUCUCUUUGGUCAAGUGAACUUCUACUGGAGUUUAUUAUUUUCCUCUCUGUAUAAAGUGAAGAACCUAACUUUGUGUAUUCUGGUGGCUGAUGUCAUGAAACUUUGAGAUGACAAACUGUAAAACAAAUAAAAACCCUUGUCAAAUAGUUAA